CCCGCCCUCUGCAGAGAUUUCCCUCCCCUCUCCUCUCUGAUCCUUAGUUUCCCCUUCUGUUUCCUUAGGACACUGGAGCAGCUAAAGAGCAACUGACUGGGGUGGGGGGGCAGACUGUAUGCACUGCAUUGUUUUGGAGGGGAGCAAGGUGGACCUGGCACAUUUGGACGCUGGUUCGCGGUGAUCAUAGGAACCCCUUUGCUUGCCAUAAAGCGGGUGGGCGGAGGCUGUUUCCAAACUGGCGUUUGGAGCGCGGUGCCAACUCCACCAAACCUUAAGGCCACUAAGCAGCUUGGAUCUGUUUUCCGUUGCCACAGUGGGUUGCUAUUGCUUGCUGCCAGCUGUACCUGCUGGAUAGGUGCCACCUAUCCCAUGGCUUUUCUUCAGGAUCACUGCUACAGUUUGUGCCUUGGGCAACUUUGCUGUUCUUUGGAUUGGUACUUCUAGAUCAGCUUGCUGUUGUCUGCCAGCUUGCUGUGCCUUGGGUGCCAAGGUGAAGAAGCCCUUACUCCUACUUCAUGGUAACAUGGGGGCAUGUUCUGCCAAGCAGAUCUCAGCAUGCAUCUUGGAUUGGUACCACUAAUGUCUUCACUUCGAUCAGUGCCACCCACUGUCAACUGAUACUGCUCUGUUGGAUUGGGAGCCACCAGAGGACUUCUCUUCUUCACCUGGACAUUACAGUUUACUUCCUUCCAGGAUGGUAGCAAAGGUGACAUUCUGGUGUCUGCCUUACUUUGGCAUGAGACUUUGGUGCAGAAAUGACAGCUGAGACAGAGCCUUUGGCACACCACCCAAGCUGGACUUGGCAUCCAUCCCCAAGGAAGUACUCAUAAAGAGAUACCUAUGGAGCUGCAGAGACAUUCCAAGUCUAUAGGAGAUCCUCACAGACCACCAGAAAUCUUGGAACACCCCUUUUUGCAAGAGCCCACAAGUGAUGUGGGACAGCCUAUCAAGCUGGAGAUGGUGGAUGAAGGAGGAGAUAUCCAAACUCCACCUCCAAAACUCUCUCGUCCACCAGUGCCUUCCUCUGGGGGUGCCCUCCUUCAGGGUUUGAAUGGGCUUCCAGGAGCAGGCAGACGGGCACAUGUACCCGGUGGGACAGCAGGCACGGAGCAAGGUGAACCUUCUCGACUGGGCCGCUACUUGCUGAUUGACAGUCAGGGGCUGCCGUACACAGUGCUGGUGGAAGAAGGGGUGGGGGCAGCAGGGGGAACUGAAGGGGGUGGGGCGGGGGCACCGCUGCGUAAGGUGUACAGCUGCCCCGUGUGCUCUCGGACAUUUGAGUACCUGUCUUACCUGCAGCGUCACAGCAUCACCCACUCAGAAAGCAAGCCUCACGUCUGCCGAGCAUGCGGCAAGGCCUUCAAGCGCACUUCUCACCUGGAGCGCCACAAGUAUACCCACUCAGGCCGGAAGCCCCACCAGUGCCCCAUCUGCCAGCGCAGCUUCCGUGACUCUGGGGAGCUCUCCCAUCACCAGCGGGUGCACACGGGCGAGCGGCCUUACCAGUGCGAGGCGUGCCACAUGCGCUUCGGCGAGCGCAAUACCCUCCAGAGGCACAUCCGCCGCAAGCACCGGCUGCAGCUUCUCCCUGCACCGUAGAGACUGGCACCUGGGGGGACUCGACUCGGGCCAUGGAGACUGGCAUGGCGAAGGCCAGCCCAGGCUUGGACAGCUGUCAUCUAGGCCCUGCUAGCAUCCACGCAUGCUGUAGAGAUCCUAGCCUGCACCUAUCUGCCCAUGUAUUAUGGACCUGAUACUUCUCACACCGGUCAGUUCAAGGACUAGCUGCUUCUUGGGGCAAAAUGGGAAGGGAGAAUCUCAUCCUGCUCCGCCACAAGCUACCUGGCAUGCAGACGCCAGCUUCCUCAGACCUAGCAUGGACACCUCUUGCCUUCCCAUGCUGCCCUGCUCCCUUCCAUAGGAACUGCCUGUCUGCACUCCCGAUAACCUAAGCUGGCAGGGAGGCUGUCCUUCCUGCUCGCGGUGCUCCUGUAGGCCUCAUGCAGCUAGCUUGGAUACCCUGGCCUGCCGUUGCUCCUCUUGGCCAUGCAGAGCAUAGCCUGCCUCUCACUCUGUCAGUGUCCAAGGGACCAGGCCUUGUCUUACGUUGUGGACACCUGAUGGGGAGAAACCUGCAGGCACUGCCUCGACCCUGCACACAUGGCCCAGAACUCGCCUGAGGGCAUGCUCUUAGGCAAUCUGGCUGUGCAUAUCUGUCAAUAACCCUCCUAUUCAUUUGAAGAUCUCUCUUGGAAGCUACCAAGCACUAAUUUAGAGGGAUGUUAUAUACAGGGUGACCCCAAAACACAGCAUGAAGACAUUGGCCCAAUGGAAAACUAGGGCAGAUUUCCUUUACAGAUCAUAAUGGUAGGUUCAGGGGCAGAAGGAUUAGAUGGGGCAGCCAUGAAAAUAGCUCCCCUUCUGUAAAGGUUUUAAAUUGAAUAUAGCAAAUGGUUCAAGCUUAAUUGGACUGUUUAUUUUGAGCCCCUUGCUAUGGUCUUAGAUGCCAAGCUUUUAUGACUACUGCCUCUGGUUUGAAAUCCUGAGAUCUCAUCCCAAUGACACCCAUGCCCAAAUUUCUGUCUGUCUUCCCCACUCCCUGUCAUAAACAACACGAAAGAUCCUUUUGAAAGAGAUGUAGUAGGAGGUUAGAAAAGGCUGAAUUCCAUAGUGCACAGAGGAAAAAGUUGCACUCCUUUUAAGGGUGUGUUCAAAGUACAGCAACACUAGCAAGGACCUGGCACCUUUUGGUUUUGUGGCGGCCUUGUUGCUUCUAUUUUUAGAAAGCUACGAGAGAUUAUGGUUUGGUUAAAAUUUGGAGGAGCUAAGGGGAAGAGUUUGGAGAUAUAAUAAGACCUCCCUCCCCAUCUCCUAAAUCAAACAGCUAAGAGGUUCCAGUUCAGAUUUAGAAAGCAUAAAACCCCAAGUGGCAAUACUAAAGGAUGGAAUGUAGUCUAUGUCCCCACUUUCGGGCCGUAACAGUCUCUUUGCUCCCACCCCUCCAAACAUUUCCAUUGAAACAGCAUUGGUGAUUUUGCAUUCCUUUCCACAUACGCUGUACUGCGCAUCUACUCUUUAGAUCAGAGCCAUGUGCAAACCUAUCUACCCUUUUAUCAGGCCUUGUUUCCCUCUAUUCUCAAACGCUUGGAACAAUCGCAAACAUUUCCCCCAUAGUUGAGGGCCAGAGCUUGUGUUCUGUGGGUGAGGUUUUGAGCCCCAGUUCUGCUGUAGUCUUGCAGCCUGCGUGGUGAGACCGUAAAAGUUUCCUAUGAUAUCUAACAAACAAGAUCUCUGUUUCUGUGACAGAGGAAUUUGGGUGGCAAAUAAGACUGACAUACAGGCCGGUGUUCCAAAGUGCUGGAUGAACUGGCACCUCCAAAGCUUCCAGGGAGACUUGACUCAUGUUUCCUCAACUUCAUAUUUAGUGUGGAAUCUGUGUGUCCUCUUUUUUAUUAAUUAAAAAUAAUUCUCUGGAGUUUUGGUCCAUCUUUGUGUGCUACAUAAAUAAAGUGAUGUGUUACUUUAA